AUGUCAAGGAUAUCGAUCACUUUUGCUCAUGACAAGGAUGGCUGGGAUGUGUGUCAAGCUAAGGAACUCAAGAAGAUUGGUGGUGGCAAUUUGCCAGGUGUCAAGUAUCCCAUCGCUCUUCAUUUCCAAGUUCCUUUUGCCGAAGCUGUCAAACGUGAUGAUGAUAUCCCCCACCCUACUGCUAUUGGUAUGAUCACUGAUCCCCGUGAAGCUGAAAGGUUCUUCAAGAAACUUCGUUGGCACGUGAGUUCUUGCGUAACACCAACCGGAUCAUGCAUUGCUGUUCGAGAUCUCGGUGUUCCCGUCAACUGGGUCGAUCAAUCGACAGUCUCGCUGCUCGUGGUUGGAUGGACAUGA